UAGAAUCUACCAAUCUAAUGACUUAGACUAUCUAUAGUAGAUCUAGACUAGAUCCAAAUAUAUAUAAAAUGAUAUAGAUCUAGACUAAAUCUAAAAGUAAAGAGAAACAAAAUAGAUCUAGUCUAGAUUCUCAAGAUUGAAGAUCCAUUUCAAUUGUUCCAGUAAGAUACAAAUUGAUAGCUUUGUCAAAAAUAACAACAAAUCAAAUGAUGAAUAGAUGGAAUUAAAUCUUUUAGAUUUAACUGCUAGACUUGUUGUGUUAAAACAGAAAUCUGUCUCCAUGUAAAUAGUUCAUAAUAUGUAUGAUAAUAUGUGAAUCAACAUGGACACCAUUACAAAUUUUAUUCACUAUGUGGAUAGUUUUGAUAUUGACUAUAUUUCAUGGGUGCUUUGGGUCUUUUAUCCAAUAUUAUUAACAUUCUUAUUGCCAGCCUUUAUUGGGCUAUUCUUAUAUCUUUCUGCUCUCAUGCUUUUUAUUUAUAAACAACGCAUGAAACUGAAAGCUGCUUAUGACCAUGACUUUUGGGAUGGUGCAAGGAAAACACUAAGUGUGUUCUGGACAGCUCAGGCAAAAAUAUGGCAUGGGUAUGAGGUGGAAGGCCUACAGCAUAUACCAGAUCAAGGUCCAGCUCUGAUAAUUUACUACCAUGGUGUCUUACCUGUUGAUUUAUAUUAUGUAACAACUUCAAUUAUUCUGGAAAAGAACAGAUUGAUUCACCUUGUUGGAGAUAAGUUUCUGUUUCACAUUCCAGGUUGGCAAACUAUGAUGGAAGUCUUCAAUGUUACACCAGGCACUGUUUCAAGUUGCAUAGAUGUUCUGAAAAAUGGACAUUUGCUGUCUAUUUCACCAGGUGGUGUAAGAGAAGGUCUUUUUGGAGAUGAAAAUUAUUCUAUAAUUUGGAAUAAAAGAUGUGGUUUCGCUAAAGUUGCUAUUCAAGCUAAUGUUCCCAUUAUUCCAAUGUUUACUGUAAAUAUACGUGAAGCUUUCAGGACUCCUGGUUGGGCUAGAGCUUGGCUGAGAGGAAUAUAUGAAAGAACAAGAUUACCGAUAGUUCCAAUUUAUGGAUUUUUCCCAGUAAAAUUGAAAACUAUAUUUGGAGAACCAAUUUUACCAGUUCCAAACACAAGUCCAGAAGAAUUAGCAGAAAAGGUGAAAGCAGCCAUUGAAUCUUUGAUAAGAAAACAUCAAAAAUGUCCUGGUAGUAUACUGCGAGCUUUGUUAGAAAGGCUUCCAUUUUUUCGAUGAAGAUGUUUUUUUAUUUCAUAAGUAAACCCGAUUUGAAAAUGCCUAUGGUCUAUUUAUUAAUUAAAACUAUAAUAUCCUAUAGAGAUGUUGAAAAAUGAACUAUAUAAGCCAUAAUAUUGUUUGUCUUAAGAUUACUUUUGUCAGAAGAAAUAUGAAGAUAAUCAUACAUAUUUUUCUUUAACCUGAUAUAUUUAAGCAGUUUGAAGAAAAAAAAAGAUUUGAAAAAAUAUAUUUAGCUAUCUCUUAAUUACUACAAAGAAUUAGUUCAUAUAAAUUAAGCUUGGCAAAAAUACACAACACUGUUUUACCACCAACCACAGUUUGGUCCACAAGUUUUCAAUAUUCUUGAAAAUAAAAGUUCACCUUGUCAGCAUUCUUAUCUUGCAUAUCUAUUAAGAUUUUUGUUUGUUUACAAUUCAGUCAAAUAGGUCAAGUUCAUAUAAAUAUGUUUGUAUAUAUCUUUAUGAGAGUUUUUAGAAAACAUCUAGUAAGACGUAUAGAACCACAUAUUAGUCUAUCAGCUUGAAAAUGUGUCCACCAAGAGUUAUCUGGACUUUUCUCAUUCUUAAUGUUUUGUAAAAUGUUGAAUUAAGGCAUACUGAAGCUUCAACAUUGAAGAAAGAGAAAGAAAUGUCAUAACACUUGAUGAAGUAGACCAAUUUCUUACACUAGAAACUUAAUUUAGACAAAUUCAAUAUCUAAGUUUAAAGACAUUAAAUAAUUGAAACAGUUAUGAAAUAGUGACAAUUUAAAGCAAAACAACCCAAGUCUUGAAUUCUAUAGGAUGUACAUAAGGUAAAGAAACAAAAGUAUAACAAGUGAUUUUGAUAAAAAUGCAAUUCCAGUAAUUCUAUACUUGAGGCAUAUAUCUUUGGGUUUGUUGUUGUUAAUAUUUGUUUUAUCAAUAAAUUCCCAAUAGUCAUUCAAAUGUAAUUUUUUUUUUUUUACUUUUUAUAUUGUCUACAUUGACAUAUUAUGGACAUUUUAUGAAUUAUUUUUUUAUAAUAUUUGAGAUCAAAAGUUUUGAAUUAUGGCCCAUAGAAUUAUGUGCACAUAAUAUUGAUUUAACAAGGAUAUAUUUUAGGCUAUUUGUUUUGAAUAUCGAACUUCACAACUGUUUUAAUAGGUUAGCUCAAAAGUCAAGAGAAUAUAACUCUAACUGAUCUUAGAAUAUAUAGAUAAAUUAUGAAUAUUGUUUUAUAGAUAAAUACAUGCUAGUUUUUGUCAGUUAUCUUUUUUGUACAAUGAGCAUUUCAUUUCUGAAAUAUAGGAAACUUAUUUUUCAAGAUUUUAAAACAGAAUUAGUUUUAAUACCUUUCUGUGUUGUAAAAUGUGUUUCAAUAAAAAGAUGCAUCAUUUUUGUGCAUAUUUAGUCUGACUCUGAUACCAAAGUCUUUGAUAAUCACAUAACAUAAAAUGUCUAUUGAUUAGUUAUAUUUAAAAUAAAAGUACUGGCUGUAUGUACAAUAAUGAAUAUUUUUAUAACUUGUCCUCAAAAUUUUUGAAAACAAUUUGCAUCAUAACAUAAGAUCUCAUUUGUAUUGUUUGUACUUAUAGUGAAUCAUUAUUUAUAGACAAUAACUUCAUGAGCUCUAACUUGUCCUUGUAAACCAAGAUUUUUUUAAAAGGAACAUUGCGAGAGUAAAAAUAUAAAAUGUUGCAUUUUUAGUUCAGGAUACAAUAAAAACUGAUGUGAGAUUUAUACUGAAA